CUAAAGACACCCAACGCGGUGAGUUCCUGCUUUCCUUACUCCAAAAGCCACCAAUGCAGUCGCAACAACAACAACAAUCUUCACCUUGGCCAUUCAGCAGAACCCAGAUCGGGUUCUGCAUCUGGGUUCUCCUUGAGAACCCGAUCUGGGAUCUCCUCAAUAGAUCAAGGAGGAAGGAAGAGAAGGAAGAAGAGGGGAGGAGAGGGAAAGAAGAACAAAAAGAAAGGAGGAAGAGGGGAAAGAAGGAAGAAGGUUGAAAAUCAAAGAAUCAGUGCUGGGUGAAGAGGAGAGCUGUGCUGGGUGAAGAGGAGAGCUGUGCUGGGUGAAGAGGAGAGCUGUGCUGGGUGAAAAGGAGAGUUGCUAGGUAAACGAAAGAAACAGAGAGAAACAGAGACGGAGUGAAUGUGUGAUGGAGGGUGUAAUGGCAAAGUGUAUAUAUAUCAUUCCCUUACCAAAAAUAAAAAAGAAGUUAUUCA